AUGACAUCUGUCAAAACUAUCGUGUUCGGCCCAACAGGAGCCGUGGGCUCAGCUACCGCGCGCGCUGCGCAAGAGCAAGGAGCCAAAGUGGUUCUCGGCAUGCGAGACCCGACAAAACCAAUUACUGGCCUUAGCCCCGAGGACGAGCAGAGAGGCGGCAUUGAGAGGGUCCAUGCCGACCUCUCAAAGCCCGAGACUCUUCACGAAGCAGUGACAAAGACCGGAGCGACACGCGCCUUUAUCUACCUGCUCUUCGAGGCCAAGGACGGCAUGAAGUCUAUUCUCACAACACUCAAGUCCGCCGGGAUCGAAUAUGUCGUCUUUCUCAGUAGUGAUGCCGUACCAGAUAGCUUGGACAUUCGAGAGAGCGACCACAUCGCCCAGAUUCAUGGAGAGGUCGAGCUUAGCCUCAAGGAAGUGUUUGGGGCAGGAGCCUACGCAGCAGUCCGAGCGGGAUGGUUUGCGAGCAAUUCCCUCCGAUGGAAGGACAUGUUCAAGGAGAGAGAGAUCAAGAUUCCAUACGCUGAGGCAUAUUUCGAUUGGAUCUCACCUCAAGAUAUUGGAUCCGUGUGUGGAGGACUUCUCUCUAAGGCACCUCGAGACAUUGAUGGAAGGGCUGGACCGAGCGUUGUUCGAAUCGCUGGUCCAAAUGUUCUCACCCAGGCAGAAGCCGUGGAUGUCGUCGCAAAGUCUCUUGGGAAGGAAGUCAAGAUCACGUCACUUAGUUUCGAUGAAGGUGUGAAAUUUUUUGUAUCAUCUGUUGGACUUCCAGAGCCUGCGGCCAAGGCACUGGUCGAUAUCAUAAGAAUCAGGGCCGAGGGCGGAAAAGCCGAUGGUGGCUACGAAGGUCUCAGAUAUGAGGAGAGAGUUGCCAAUAUUCGGAAGUAUAGUGGUAGAGAGGCCACACCGUUCCAGCAGUGGGUGGAUGAAAACAAGAAAGAAUUUGAUGUUUAA